GGCUCCACAAACAAAAUGAUUCUCAAAAAGAAAUCAUUGGGAAGUCGUAUUUUGAUUGGUAAAAUAAUCCUACUCACACUUUACACCAUUCUAAUUGUUCAUACACAUUUCGAAUAUUUCCAUUCAAAAGAGAUUGUUUAUAAUUACACACGUGAGAUAUUGAUAACUGGAGAUACGCAACAAAGUGAAAGUAUCGAAAAUUGCCGUACAGUUUGCGAAAACAUUCAGAGUGUUCCUAGGCAUAGAAUAGAUGAGUUCAAGCAAAGUGGAGCGAUAACAGUGAAUGCAAAUUUAACCGAUGCUGAAAUCAUGAUGAAUGAUACCUUCUCACCACAUCUAAUCGGUGGCUCAUGGAUGUUUAAAGAGGAGAACGAUGAUUUAGAAUCAAACUGUGAUGAUGUCCCGAAAUCCGGUGUGGCGAUUAUCUUUGUCUGCAAAAACAGAUGGAAGCAACUGAGUAUAACACUGUCCACACUAAUUCCAAUCCUUCAGAAGCAGCGUCUAUGUUAUCGAAUAUUUGUUGUUGAACAGGAGGCUGACGGCCUUUUAAACAAGGCUAUGCUUCUGAACAUUGGAUUUUUGGAAGCGAAGAAACGUUUCGACUUCGCCUGUGUGGUAUUCCAUGACGCCGACUUAGCACCAUUGGAUGACAGAAUCCCAUACGGAUGUGAUGAACAGACAAUGAAGACAGUUGUACAUUUGAGUGUCGGUGUGAGUUCAUGGAAUUAUUCACUUCCCUACAAAACACUGAUUGGAGGUGUCUUGAAAAUCUCAACUGAACAUUUCUUAGCAGCUAACGGUUAUUCAAAUAGUUAUUGGGGAUGGGGUGCAGAGGAUGAUGAUUUGGAGAGACGUUUAAAUGCUACAAAUAUAGAAUACAUUCACAUAAAUGAGAGUAUUGCGCGGUAUAUGGCUUUACCACAUCCUAAACAAACUCGUUCCAGAUCCAAACUGCGCUAUAGUCUGUUGGACAAAGCAUCUGAACGUAUGCAUACAGAUGGUUUAAACACUUUGAAGUAUAAAAUUAUCACAACUUCCGAACGAAGAUACUACACUUAUUUCUUAGUCUCAUUUCAUCGACCGUUUUAA